GGAGGGUAAGGGUAGAUCAUGGGAGUUUCUAAGAGAGAAUCGCCUAUGGCGGGAGAAAUUAUAGAAGCACAAGAUCCAUUGUCUCAGAAAAUAGCGAAAAUCCUCGACGAAGUUCGGUCAUCAAACGCCACGCACAACCGCAAGCUCAAGGAGCUAUGCGCUCUACGUUCGAAAUCCAUGUCUCCUUUGGAGUUCUUUACCGCGUUUUCCAAAACUCUGACCCCUCUCUUCAGUUUCAACCGCAGAAUUUCCUCUGCUGAGCGUGUUGUCCGCUUCAUUUCCCUUUUAGCUACUGCUAGAGACCCCAAUUUUGCUUCGCAUGCUGAUGAGUUCUUGGAUGAGUUUCUGAAGUUUCUUCUCGUUGCAUCUGGCGCUGCAAAUAAGUCUGUCAGGUUCCGCGCGUGCCAGAUUGUUUCUGAGAUCAUCAUGCGGCUACCAGAUGAUGCAGAAGUCAGCAAUGAACUCUGGGAUGAAGUUAUAGACCACAUGAAGAUACGAGUGCUGGACAAGGUUCCUUUAAUCCGUAUGUUUGCAGUUCGUGCUCUUUCACGUUUCGCAAAUGAUAUUGAAAACAGUGACAUCCUCAAUUUAUUUCUUGAGAUGAUCCCUGUGGAACAAAAUGCGGAGGUCAUGAAGACAGUUUUACUAUCAUUACCACCUUCUAAUGCGACUUUGGAAGCGAUAAUCGAUUGCACCUUGGAUGUGAGUGAGUCUGUUCGCGAAGCGGCAUAUUGUGUAUUGGCUAAUAAGUUUCCGCUUCAAAGUCUCAGCAUCAAACAAAGAACGAUAAUUUUACAGAGAGGACUUGCUGAUCGUUCUGAAGCUGUUUCAAAGGAGUGUUUAAAAUUGAUGUCGGACGAGUGGCUUAAUAAAUGCUUCCAUGGAAAUCCUGUAGAAUUGCUCAAGUAUCUUGAUGUUGAAACCUAUGAACGAGUUGGUGAAUCUGUUAUGGGGACUUUAUUAGGAGUUCGUUUGUUGAAACUGCAUGGUGAUGAAAGUAUCCAGCAUUAUAUAUUAACUUCCAGCUCUGGGAUAGAAGGAGACUCACUACAUUGCACUUCAAGAAUACAAUUAAUGGAGCCGGAAGUUUCUCUUUACUGGAGAACCAUUUGUAAGCAUAUUCAUACAGAAGCACAGGCAAAAGGUUCUGAUGCUGCAGCUUCCAUGGGUGCUGAAGCAGCAGUAUAUGCAGCCGAAGCAUCUGAUAGAAAUGACCUUUUAGAGAAAAAAUUUCCUGCCACAAUUUCUGAUUAUGUAGGCUUAGUCAAAGCUCACAUUAGUGCUGGUUCCAGCUACCGAUUUGCAUCAAGACAGCUACUUUUGCUUGGUACGAUGCUCGAUUUUUCUGAUGCUGCAAAUAGGAAGGUUGCUGGUGCAUUUCUGCAGGAAGUGUUGCAUAUGUUGCCAGAUCAUGAAGUGGACGAUGAUGGGAACUUGGUUGUUCUUGGGGUUGGAAUCAAUCUUCGAGGAGAUAGAGAUUGGGCAAUUGCUGUGUCUGGAUUGGUAAAGAAAGUCCAUGCUGCUGCGGGUGAAUUUGAAGAAAUUGUUCUUGAGGUGGUUAAAGAACUUGCUCGACCAUGCAGAGAGAGAACUGCAAAUUGUAUGCGGUGGAUGCACUGUCUCGCCGUGGCAAGUCUUCUUCUGGAAAAUGCAAAAUCAUUGAAUUUUAUUAAUGGAAAAGACAGAGGACUUGCUCAACUACUGGAGUCGAUAUUGCUUCCAGGGGCAAAACAUGUUCAUUUAGAUGUUCAGAGAAUUAGCAUCCGUUGUCUUGGCCUCUUUGGAUUGCUAGAUAAAAGACCAAAUGAGAAAGCUAGACAGUUGAGGCAUUCCUUCACUAAGGGGCUGACCCCAGUAAGCAUAAUGGCCUGCAAGGCAUUAUUUGAUCUUGUAAUGUGGCAUGGUCCCCAGGAGGUUGACAAGGCUCUGGAACAAGACCACUCCCUGCAGUCUUCAUUUGAUAAGAUAUCUUUUAGUUCUAUAAAUUUAUCUGAAGCAGAUGACAGUUUGACUGUGGGUUCACUUGAUCUUUUAUACUCUGGACUUGACAACAGAGAAAGGUACAGCUCUUCAGCAACCAAUGAAAUUGAGUCCGUUCAAACCAUUGUUGCAGAGGGCUUUGCUAAGGUUCUUCUUCUGGGUGCAAACUAUCCAAGCAUACCAGCAUCUCUGCAUCCUCCGCUCCUAAGCAAGCUUGUAAAUAUUUAUUUUUCAAGCGAGAAAGACUUCGAGAGGUUGAAACAAUGCCUCUCUGUAUUCUUUGAGCAUUAUCCAUCCCUUGCAGUUGCUCAUAAGAGGUGGAUAUCUGAGGCUUUUGUCCCAGUUAUGCGUUCAAUGUGGCCAGGCAUUAACGGUAAUAUUGGAGGUUCUGCUGUUGAGGUGGGAAACAUGCGCAAACUUGUGGUCCAAGCAUCACGUUUUAUGCUGCAUAUGAUGCAGGCUCCUUUAUAUGUGAAUGAUACUGAAAGGAAGGAUGAAGAUGGGUGUUUGGGAAAUCAGGAAGUCUCUGACAGUAUUAGAAAACCUCCUCUUGAAUGCAGCGAAGAGGCACUUGCCAUUCGAACAGCCGUAGAGGUUGCAAGCUUCUGUGGGAAGAAGACGCCUGCACAAAAGUCAUAUGUUUCUGCUUUGUGUCGGGUACUUGUGUUGCUUCAUUCUCGCCCAUCGGAACAAGGUGCCAUUAGGAUAAUGAGAAGACUACUAUGUUAUGUGGUUGAAACUGCAUCAUCAGAGAAGGGUCUUGUCAAGGAGUUAAAGCGGAUGGGGGAGCAUCUCACAGCUAUUGACAAACAACCAGAUCUUGAAGAGGAUCAAACUCAUCUAAUUUUAGGCAUCUCGAGUCUUCAUCUUCCGAUGAAGCCAUGUCGCCCACCUCUAUCCCCCAUGUUAAUGGGACAACCGGUACACGCUCACAGAGAGCAAGCAAAACUUUGGCAUUGACUAAAAUUACAAAUAGGGCACUUAAGCUCAACAAUGUAGUUGACGAGGAACACGAAGACAAAGACGAGGAUGAUAAUGAAGACGAUGAUGGUGAAGAUUCCGACGUGACGGAGGAAUACUAAUCCUCGUUACCAUGAUAGUUUUCUCCAAUGUUGUAUGUAAGGCAUAUAUUAUUGGAUUAAUAUGUAGCAUCAGUUGUAUUAUUGUACAUAGAGGAGUUAGAAAAAUUAUAUGCUUGGCUUGUAAAAUGAAUGCACAAGUAAUUGAAUUAUACGAUAUCUUAGUUGCUUGCUCAUUAUAA